CAUUGCAGCCAAGGCAGGGAGCACAAUAUGCUAAAAUAUUAUAUCAUAUAGAUUUAUCCAUAUUUCUGGGUCGAAAAUUAGUUAUGUAGCCUUGUUGCAGGUUUGAUGGUCGAGAUUUCUCGAAGAGGUUAAAGGGCAAGAAGGUUAUAUUCGUAGGGGACUCUCUGAGUCUAAACAAUUUUCAGUCUUUGCUGUGCUUGCUUCAUGCUGCUGUGCCUUCUUCCAACACCACAAGAAAUACAGAUAAUUAUUUUACCACGGUGAUAUUCCAGAAGGUGAGACCAUACUCAGACAUGGAUCGUAUGGUGGCUUUCCGGAAAGGCUUAACAACAUGGGCAAAAUGGGAGUGACGACAAAGCUGUUCAUUUGCUUAAUUUAACAACUCUUUCACAGCUAAGAAAAGAUGGACAUCCUAGCUCUUACAAUGGCUUUAGAGGCAUGGAUUGUGCUCAUUGGUGUGUUGCAGGAGUUCUAGACGCUAGGAAUGAACUUCUCUACACAGCUAUUAUCAGUUAGAAGAAAAAAUUACAGAUCUUAGUUGCUCACAUUUUAUAGCAUGGCCAUUGAAACUAGCCAGCUGGCUGCCAUCAGUCUCAUUGCAAGUUCCUUGAUAUAUCCUGUGUAUUCCGUCAUUUGUUUUUCUGGUCAGAAUAAUUUCAUUGAUUUGGAUUUGUUGCUUUGUCCCUACUCAAGGAGUUUUUAUUUCUAGACAAAGUUGCGAUUGUUUUGGAGAUCUCUUUGUGGGGUCUCUGAUCAAGAAUAGACUGAAAAGAUUCCAACAUUAGUUCUUGCUUUCAACUGGACUGAUAAGGGACAAGAGAAUUACAGGAGAAGCAAGGAAUCUGAGACUAUGCUGCCUCUUGAGAGAAGAUUAAUUUAAUGGGAGCGAGGACAAAGCUGUUAAGCUUUGUGUAUAGGAUUGCUGGAAGCAAAGAUCAAUCAUAGAAAAUAAGUUCUCUAAAUGCAGACAGUUGUUAGCUGACACACAAGUGUAGUGGAACACAAGCAAUAGUUUCGUAUGCUUGUGUUCCUGUCACAUCACCAAUUAUAUAUGUAAACCUGCAAAAAUGAAUACCUGUCAUAUAUUUAUAUAUGAAGAGCAUAUACAGGACAAACUAAGCUCUCUUGACUUUCUGUCUCCCUUUGCUCUCCACAAUGAUGCAAUCUGUGACUAAAAGAUCUUGUUGUGUCCUUUUAGCCAUUUUCAUGACAAUUUCUUGUCUAUGUUCUGCUACCUCAUCAAAGAGUAUUCUCCAAACCUUUACAACUAACAAGAACUUGAAGUGGAAAAAAUGGCAAAAGAAAGUCUGCAAUAUGUAUCAAGGAAGUUGGGUUCAAGACAUGUCGUAUCCUCUCUACAAUUCAUUUGCAUGCCCUUUUAUUCGCAAGGAAUUUGAUUGUCUAAAAUAUGACCGACCUGAUCACCUCUACCUUCAAUAUAGAUGGCAGCCUAAUGCCUGUGACUUGCCCAGGUUUGAUGGUAAACAUUUCCUGAAGAAGUUGAAGGGCAAGAAGAUCAUGUUUAUAGGGGACUCUCUCAGUCUAAACCAUUUUGAGUCACUAUUAUGCUUGCUUCAUGCAGCUGUGCCUGAUUCCAUUAUGACAGAGGAGACAAACAACUCUGUCAGUACAGUGACAUUCCAGGAUUACGAUGUGUCUGUAAAGCUGUUCAAUUCCCACUACUUGGUAGACAUCGAACAAGAAAAAAUCGGCCGGGUGUUAAAACUUGAUUCGCUCAAGGAUGGAAACACAUGGAAGGACAUGGAUGUUCUAGUGUUCAAUACCUGGCUUUGGUGGUACAGGAGAGGACCGAAGCAACCAUGGGAUUAUGUUCAAGAAGGUGAGACCAUACUCGAGGACAUGGAUCGCAUGGUGGCUUUCCGGAAAGGCUUAACAACAUGGGCAAAAUGGGUUGAUUCUGAUGUUGAUACAUGUAAAACCAAAGUUAUUUUUCAGGGAAUUUCUCCAUCCCAUUACAAUGGAGCGGAAUGGGGAAAACCAGGAGUGACAAACUGUGGAAAGGAGACAGAGCCAGUUAGUGGAUCAACUUACCCUGGUGGCUCACCACUGGCAUUGCAAGCAUUAGAAGAUGUGUUAAAUACUAUCAAGAAACCUGUUCAUUUGCUUAAUAUAACAACUCUUUCACAGCUAAGAAAAGAUGGACAUCCUAGCUCUUACAAUGGCUUUAGAGGCAUGGAUUGUACUCAUUGGUGUGUCGCAGGAGUUCUAGACGCUUGGAAUGAACUUCUCUCCACAGCUAUUAUCAGUUAGAUGAAAAAAUUACAGGUGUUAGUUGCUCGCAGUUUAUAGCAUGGCCAUUGAAACCAGCCAGCUUGCUGCCAUCAGUCUCAUUGCAUAUUCCUUG